GCGAGCGAGGACAAAUACUACAGACCAUGCGCUCAUCUGUAUGCCGCGUAGCUCAAAAGACCCAUUCAGGCUCCUCUCUUGCUCCUCGCCUCUCAGUGUAUACCCUUCUGUUCUCUCUAUCCUUGUCAAAGACGACAACCGCUCUGUUCUGCAUCAGCUGAUGAAAUUUCCCAUUUUGAUGCACUCGCCGCAACUUAGUGGGAUACAGAUGGCUCCUCUGCCCUCUUACACAAGAUGAACCCGUUUGCAUGUAGAUUGUGGUGGUGAGUCUUUGACAGAAUCGCUGGCUAGUCUUGAUGGUCAGAUUCUGGGGAUUGAUGCGUCCCAGCAUGCCAUCACGGUAGCAAAAGAACAUGCUGCGCGGCAAGGCCUCGCUGCGGAGUAUCAGCAAGUUUUGGCGGAGACGUUACUCGAGCGUGUCAAGGAGGGUCGGGAAAAGCCAUUCCAGGUGAUUGCUGCCAUGGAAAUCAUUGAGCAUGUCGAACAACCUGCUCAAUUCCUCGAAACACUAUUGGGAUCGUUGGAGGACGAUGGAUGGUUGUUUUAGAGUACGAUUGAAAAGACGCUGUUUGCAAAACCUGCUAACGUGUACGUUGUCGGAAAAUAUCUUACGGCUUGUGCCAAAGGGGAUGCAUAACUACGACAAGUUUAUUCCAAAGCAAGCACUCAUUUCGUGGUGCAGUCAAUUGGACGUCCAGGUGGUGGACACUCGAGACAUCAUCUAUGAACCUUUGCGUGGAGCAUGGAUUGUCCUGGAGCCUGGACAGACGUGGGGUGAGCAGUGCAACUACUAGCACCACGAAAGCGAGCAUAGUAGAAGGAUGUCGUAUUCGU